GCAGCAACCUUCGCCACCAAUGCCGUUGCAAGAAUCAUUCGUCCGUUCUGUCUCACGGUGGGGCACUACACCAGGGGCAAAGUCUUUUGAGGUCCUCUCGGCUUCUAGUCGGGAAAUCUAGAGGCGGUUUAUGAGGCGCCUUUGGCGGUUUUCGGGCGGCAUUGCCCUCAUUGGAGGAUCUUGAGCGAAAGCAAACGGGCGAGCGCCCUAAGAGAAUAUCGGCAGAAAGACCAGCGAAUUGCCCUCGAACCUGCCUCAAUUUGCCAGAAACGAUGCAAGGCUACGAACAGGGUAUCUCCACAUGGGGCAUUGGGAAUCUGGAGAGAAGCUGGAGAAUGCAUAUAGCCUGGAACGUUGCAGGCACAGGUACAAAAGAGCGUGGCUUCACCCCUCGAUCUUCAUUCUCAACUACCAUACCGGGUUUCCUCCUUCUCACAAACCCAAUACUAUCACCGGCCGAGCACUGAGCUCAAACUCCUGCUUGGUAUCAAGAAGAUGUCGACUAAGAUGGACGCUCCUGAGGAGCACAUGGUGGAAGUCGUCAAAGGCGGCUCGGAAAUUGUACACAAGCAUGACGUCCUCGACCUGGCCAACGACAUCCAGGGCGUCAAGCCCAGUGCGACUACUCCUACCAUGUUCAGGCUCUACCUCAUCCUGUCCAUCGGCUACUUCUGCAUCAUCCUCCAGGGCUACGAUGGCUCGCUGAUGGGUGCCAUCAAUGCGAUGCCUCAGUAUCUGAAUUAUUACGGAUUAAAAUCUGCGAGUUCUUCCACCGGCCUGGUCUUUGCGAUCUACAACAUCGGAGCCAUUGCGGCUCUGCCAAUUAGUGGGCCUAUCAACGACACUUUCGGGCGACGAUGGGGCAUGUUUACCGGUGCCGCGUUGGUCAUCUUCAGCACUUGCAUCCAGGCUCCUUCGACCUCUCGGGCGAUGUUCUUGGCCGGCCGCUUCUUCGUCGGAUUCGGGCAGGGGUUCCUCAACGUGGCCGGGAUCACCUAUGUCAGUGAGAUGGCACAUCCUUACUGGCGUGGUCCUCUUUCGGCCUUCCUCGAGACAAACUACUUUGUCGGGAGUAUCCUUGCCUCCUGGGUGACCUAUGGAACCGCCUACAUGGCCGGCACUAUUUCAUUCCGCCUUCCGGUUUGGCUGCAGAUGGUCAGCUCCGGAUAUAUCGUCUUGGGGGUAUUUUUCUGCCCCGA